UCCGGUGCAAAAAAAGCAAGUAACUCUCGUUGUCGUUGCCAUCGCCCUUUCAAGUUUCAACUGUGGAACUGGAUCCUCUAUGCCUUGGUGGUUGGAUAAAGAUUGGGACUGACUGGAAAUUAAAGAAUGGCGGCCCAAAACCAGAGCGAUCUGUUCGAUGCUUAUUUUAGGAAAGCGGAUUUGGACGGCGACGGCCAGAUCAGUGGAGCCGAGGCUGUUGCCUUUUUCCAAGGCUCCAAUUUGCCCAAACAAGUUCUCGCUCAGGUGUGGAUGCAUGCUGACCAGAAGCAACUAGGUUAUCUUGGUAGACAAGAAUUUUAUAAUGCCCUUAAACUUGUAACUGUGGCACAAAGUAAGCGAGAACUGACACCAGAUUUGGUAAAAGCUGCACUCUAUGGUCCUACUUCAGCUAAGAUUCCUGCUCCCCGGAUAAACCUUGCAGCUACAGCUACACCACAGUCUAAUGUAGCAGCAGUUACUUCGCAGUCCAGCGGCACUAUAUCAGUACCAUCCCAAAAUUUUGGCCUCAGAGGGACACCUGGUCUUGGCAAUGUGGGUGUAAAUCAGCAGUAUGUCCGAUCACAGCAAAACCAGGUUGUGAGGCCACCUCAAGCCAUGCUUUCAAGCACUUCAUCACAAACACAACAAGUACUUGCAGCGCAAGGCAUGCUGAGGGGAGGUAACAUGGUGGCUCCUCCUCAUCUUCCUGCUUCAAACUCCUCAACUAAUUGGCAAAGUGGAAGCUCGGGUGGCCUCACAGCGGGUGUUAAAGACCAAGUUCAUAACCGAAGUGUUAGUCCUUCUGCAAGCCAAGAUGGAUUUGGACUUACAGCUUCAGGUUUGACACCUUCUAUGCAACCAAGACCUCAAGCAACCGCUGUGCAGAUAUCUUCUACUGCUCCAAAACCACAAGAUUCAUCCAUACCAUCCAGCCAGUUAGUGGCAAAGGAUCCCAAAACAUUGAUGGUUUCGGGAAAUGGGUUUGCCUCUGUCUCCCUUUUUGGUGACGUCUUCUCUGCUACUUCAUCACAAUCAAAGCAAACUUCUUUGGCGACCACAUCAUCUGCAACUAGCUCUACUGUCUCAAUGGACUCUAUUCCUGCUUCUGGGCCCCAUCCUUCUGUAAAACCAAGCCAAGCUGAGUCUUUACAGAGUACACUUUCUCAACAACCUAUGGGUGGUCAGUAUCAUCCGGGUCAUCCAACAGGGAAACAGAACCAGCAUGUUGCAGUUCAAAGCAAUGCUGUGUCUGGUUCAACUGGGUUUCCUGCUGGACCUGGGAACAUGGCUUCUGGUCAAUCAACUCAGUCUCAGGCCCCAUGGCCAAAGAUGACUCAAUCUGAUGUACAGAAGUAUACAAAAGUAUUUGUACAAGUUGACACUGAUAGAGAUGGGAAAAUCACUGGUGAUCAGGCCCGCAAUCUGUUCUUAAGCUGGAGGCUCCCAAGAGAGGUCUUAAAGCAGGUGUGGGACCUAUCUGAUCAAGAUAAUGAUAGCAUGCUCUCUUUUAGAGAGUUUUGUACUGCUCUUUAUUUGAUGGAACGCUAUAGAGAAGGCCGCCCUCUUCCUUCAGUGCUUCCGAGUACUAUCAUAUCUGAUGAAACUCUAUUGUCCGCCUCAGGUCAUCCUCCAGCACCAUAUGGAAAUGCAGCGUGGGGACCUGCUCAUGGUUUCCAGCAACCACAAGUUAUCAGUGCUUCGCGGCCACCUUUACCUCUUGCUAGGGGAAGACCACCAAGGCCAGUGUCAGUUCAUCAGACUGAUGCACAGGUGCUGCCCACUCAACCAAAGUCCAAGGUUCCAGUGCUGGAAAAGAACCAUGUAGAUCAGCUUAGCCAAGAGGAGCAAGAUUCCCUCAACUCAAAGUUCCAAGAGGCAACAGAAGCAAAUAAAAAGGUUGAAGAACUGGAAAAGGAGAUACAAGAUUCAAAAGCGAAGACUGAAUUCUUUCGUGCUAAGAUGCAGGAACUUAUUUUAUAUAAAAGCAGAUGUGACAAUCGACUUAAUGAGAUUAUGGAAAAAGUCUCUGCUGACAAAAGAGAGGUUGAAGCAUUGGCAAGGAAGUAUGAAGAGAAAUACAGGCAGUCUGGGGACGUAGCCUCUAGAUUAACCAUUGAGGAGUCCACAUUUCGUGAUAUUCAGGAGAAAAAAAUGGAAUUGUAUCAGGCAAUUGUCAGAAUAGAACAAGGGGAUAACAAGGAUGGUGCUUUCCAGGAUCGUGCUAAUCAUAUACAAUCAGGUCUUGAGGAAUUAAUGAAAUCUGUUAAUGAACGGUGCAAACAAUAUGGAUUACGUGCUAAACCGACUUCACUGGUUGAGCUUCCAUUUGGCUGGCAACCUGGAAUCCAAGAAGGUGCAGCUGAUUGGGAUGAAGAUUGGGACAAGCUUGAUGGCAAAGGAUUCUCAUUUGUAAAGGAGCUCACACUUGAUGUACAAAAUGUCAUAGCCCCUCCAAAACCAAAAUCUUCGUUGGUUAAAAAAGAAACAGCUUCUGCAGCUACUCCUGAUUCUAACUCAGACAAGGUUCCUGAUACAAGUGAAAGGAUCCCUGAGAAAGACAUGGCCAAUGCCAAAAGUGAGAAUGGCCUGGCAAAAAGUCCAUCUGGAAGUCCAGCUGUUACAGCAGAUAAGCAAUCUCAAGAAUUCCAGGAUUCCCAUGUGAUAAAAAGUAGUGAUGCUGAUGGUUCUUCCGAUGCUCAGCAGACAAGUGAUCCUUACGAAUCUCCCCAUGCCAAGAAAACUGCUGAUGCUGAUGGCUCACCUCUUGCUAAAGAAUCCAGAAGUGAUCAGGGUGGUGCUGAAUCUUUAUUUUCUGAAGACAAGAGUUUUGAUGAACCUAGCUGGGGAAAAUUUGAUACUCAGUAUACAGAUUCAGUUUGGGGCUUUGACAAAGAAGGUGGCAAGGAGAUGGAUCCUGGGAGGCAUGAUGAUAACUCUAUAUUUGGUCUUGGUGACUUCAAUAUAAAGCCCAUAAAAACGCAGUCCUCACACACACAAAACUUGUUCCCAGGGAAAGGCUCGUUUACUUUUGCAGAUUCUGUUCUGAGCACCCCUGCCUACACAGGUGACAUGUUCCAUGGGAAAAGCUCAUCUAUUUUUGCAGAUUCUGUUCCGAGCACCCCGGCUUAUACAGAUAACAUGUUCAAGGGGAAGAGCUCAUCUGUUUUUGCAGAUUCUGUUCCAAGCACUCCUGCCUAUGCAGAUAACAUGUUCAAGGGGAAGAGCUCGUCUAUUUUUGCUGAUUCUGUUCCAAGCACCCCUGCUUAUCAUCAUGGGAGUUCCCAGCAGAGUUUUAGUGAAGGAUCAGAAUAUCACUCAUUUGACAGCUUCUCUAGGUUUGAUUCUUCCAACAUGCAAGACAGUGGAUUCUUUCAAUCCCCGUCCCUCGAUAGGUUUGAUUCCAUUCGCAGCUCAAGAGACUCUGAUCAGGGUUAUGGGUUUCCCCCAUUGAUGUUUGAUCAACCUGACAGCGGGCCGCUCCAAUCUCCACAACAUUCGUUAGCGAGGUUUGAUUCCAUGCGAAGCACUACAGGCUUUGAUCAUAGUCACGAGUUCCCAUCAUUUGAUGAUACUGAUCCAUUUGGGUCAACUGGGCCAUUUAGGACAUCACUGGAAAGUCAGACCCCGAGGAGAGAUUCUGAUAAUUGGAAUGCUUUUUAGUCAAGUAAAAAUAUAAAAAUGCAGACAAAUUGGCUGUUCAUCUUUUCAUGUUAAGCAUUCUAGGUCAAGAUUUUGCUCUCUUGUGUGGCGGCCUGAUUCUUUCAUUAGUAUAUAGUAACUGAUAAGAAGUGAUUGUGCCAUGUAUAAUUCGCCGGUGUGAUUUUGCAAAUGUCUUUUCUUCCCCUUUCUGUAACUUUAUACCGUAGUUCAUUUUCUUUCCUUUUGCCUUUUUGCUUCAUUUUUUUUUGGGGUUACUCUGGAGGACGCUCGUAAUAUUCUUCUUUCCAAAUAGUUUGUAUAAACUCAUUUCUCGUGCAGUGUUCCGGAAUUUUUUUGCUUCAUA